AUGUCAAAAUUAAAGGGAGUACGGCUUCAGGGUGAGAUUGACAAAUACCGCAUGGAGGGUCAGUGGCGGAAAGUGUUCGAACUUUUACCUAGCGUCAGCGCGAAGGGCAGCAAUCUGGAGCACAUGUCCAAUUUCUAUACGGGCGAAGUGAUGUUGGAAUUAUUCAUGGAAAACGGAAAGGCUGUAUCUAAUCCUGAUCCAAAAUAUGCGGUUGAAUUGCAAUCCAUCAAGAAGUAUCUGUUGGCCGUCUUCGAUUCGGCUGAAGUUAAACCUGAAGUUGCUCUCGAAAGCAAUCUGCUUUUGUCCAAACUGUAUUUCGUUAGCGCCAAAUACGAAGACGCGUUGACGGCUUUGAGUAAAGCGAAACUCGAGCAGCUCGAUGCCAAGUUUACUUCCUUAAGAACGCUACGGCUCGUUGCCGAAGCGUAUUCCCUCAAGGGAACUUGUCUCGAAACCGACCCUCCGAAACUGGCCAAUCGUCACCAGCGAUCCGCCCGACAGGAGAAGAUUCUCGACUGUUUUCUGAACAGUACGAAGUUGUCUACUGCUUACGUCAAGGUACUGCAGUUGCGUGACUAA